GCGUGAUUUAUAAGCUCAAAAUGCACUGCUCCGUCUAAACUUUGUUAAUUCUACUCUGUUACAAAUUUCGCAGUCUCCUCAAGGCUGGUUGUCAGUAACGAAUCCUCUCUCACACAAUUAGUACAUACUGAUAACGUGCUCGAUAACAAUCAGAUAACUACUUACCAAAAAUCUUUGCAACAUUAUAUUAUCAUGUUAUAGAAUUAAAUCCUACUAUUGUGAAUGUGAAGUUAGCUGUUCAAAGUGCACAGAAAACAAACAAGUCUUGAAAUGGAACAAGAUAAUCUAAUAAAAGAGUCUGCUUUUCACGAAAUAAAUCAGAUAUACGAUGAAUGUCUGACGUACUUGGAAAAUUAUCAAAGAGUACCCAAAGAACUGGAACCAAAUAAAAAUGAAAUUAUAAGAAAUAAUAAUGUGAAAUCUAUAAGUAACCCAAAUGUUUCCCUGGAUGACACUAACGUUGGUUUUAAAGUUAUAAAUGAGUUGAAAUCUAAUGAAACCAUCAACAGCUUGCCUGGCGACAACAGAUCCGGGAGAUUACGUCGUCUAUCUCAACAACUGCCGAAGAUAUUAAUUACAGACAGCAAUACAAGUUUGAACCGAACAAGUCGUUUAGAUGUCAACACUUCUAAAAAAACAGGAUUAACUAAAAAUUGCAGGCACAACUACUCCCGCCACGAGUACAGAAGACGCGUGGACUUCCCCAAACGGCUGGUUACCAAAUGCGGCGUCGAAAACGUGGCUCUCAUAUCCAACGUGCCCUUUGAGAAGAUCCGGCUGCUCAACGACACCUUCCACACCUUGAUAAACCUGCGAUGGCGCUGGAUCGUUAUAGGAACUGUGGUGAUCCAUUUCGCCAUCUGGCUGGUUUUCGCCGUGUUCUGGUACAUCACUGCGCUUGCACAUUACGACUUUGAACCCGAACCCCCCCAGCGAUUAUGCGUCACCGGGGGGAAGGACUUUGUUACUAUCUUUCUGGCAUCUGUGGAAUCUCAGACAACCAUUGGGUUUGGAGAUCGAUCCAUCGAUGAAGAAUGUCCGGAGUCGAUUUUCCUUUUUGUAAUGCAGUUGAUCUUAGGCACCGGCCUUUCUGGCGUACUCACUUGUGUGGUCUACGCGAAGCUAACGAGACCCGAGAAACUGUCAAGAGAUGGCGUUGGUUUCAGUAAGAAGGCUGUCGUUUGCAUGCGAGAUGGCCAGCUGUGCCUUAUGAUGCGGGUGUGGGACCUUAACUACGACCACAUCAUCUGUUCCGAGUUCUCCGCACACUUCGUCAACACCAAAAGAACAAAGGAAGGGGAAGUCAUUCGCUAUUUCGCACAAAGCCUCAAACUUGAACAGCGGCAGUUCCUCCUGUGGCCAGUCACUCUCACGCAUGUGAUCGACUGCACGAGUCCACUCUACCACCACACUCCUCAGGAUCUCGCGGACGACAGUUACGAGAUAACAGUCAGCCUGAAGGGCGCGUCCGCUUCAAUGGGCACCUUCACUCAGAGCCAGACCUCCUACCUGCCCACGGAAAUAGUUUGGGGACAUCGGUUUCCAUCUGUUGUGAGAUACGACACGAACAAACAGAAGUAUGUGAUAGAGUACGACAAACUGAGCUGCAUAGAACCGGUCGACACUCCGUACUGCAGCAGCUACCAGCUGACUACUACCAGUUCAUCAGGGUCUCCGCAAGAGAAGGAGAGGCCUGGUACUCCAGGAAGCUUCAGCGAGAGAGUGUCCACCUUCAAAGUCAAGCGGGUUUCUUCGUUCAAGAGCACGAAAAUAUAUGAUAGAAGUUAUUAAUAACUCAUCUUAAGUAAAUAUUGAUUUACAAUUCAAAUUCAAUUAUUUUUAUUCAUAAUAGGACUCAAAAUCACUUAUUGAACGUCAAAAACUACCACCCAUUCAAAAUAGACUGCCUCAGACCUGAGAAGAACGGGCGCAAGAAACUCAGCGAGCUUUUUUUAUGAAUAUAUGGAUAACAAUGUAAUAUCGUACAAUAAAUAUUUAUAAUUAAAUCGCCUGAGGGUAUCCGCUCUAUUCCCAGUCUGUGGUAUCAUUAAGAAAAUCGUGUAUAUAACCUUUCAACACAAACGUUUUUUAACAAUUCUUUUAAAUUUCGUAUCGCAUUUGUUUUGUACAUUUUCUGGGAUCAUAUUGUAAAAACAUAUACAUCGCCGUUUAUGUUUGUUCCUAACAAAUGUCUAUAAUUAUAUUUAUAAUACUCAGUAUAAUUUGUAUUAAAAAUAUAUGUAAAACUCGAACGAAUUAACUUUCUGCAAUUCGCUGGUAUUCGACCCCUUCCUCACAACCUCGUUCACAACCCCGAAAGCAGGAGCCGAUAGCACGUUUUUAAUGUAAUAUUGUAUAUGCUUUCUUAGUGCUGCGAUUCAAGAUCUGAGGCUGAUCUCUAUCGAGCGUACUUAGACUUUACUCACGUAAAACUUACCUGAGUUUAUACUUAGCGUCUAAUCGUCUAAUCUUUGAUUAGAUAGUCAAUUGACAUCUGAAAUUUUGCUGGGAUUAAGCUAAGACAACCCAAUGCGAAAGCUAAGUUCGCAUUUCCUCACACUCACCCAAGUUUUAGGUAAAGUCUGAGCAAUCCUUGGCGGCUAUACCCUGUUUCCUGAUACUAUUUGUAUUACUCGCGUCAAGAAGAUACUGCGGUUCGUAAAGGCAGCAGGGCUUGUCGACGAGCUAUAAGUAUGAGUGGCGAACACAAUAGUUCAAUUCUGGACGCGGUUUUACUAGGACCCAAUUAGGACUAGCCAAAUAGCUACCCUUGCUCUCAAAUAAUAAUAGUAAUUUAGAGCAAAGUCUAAGUUUGCUCUUUAAAUAUGAGCCUGAGAGCAAAAGUGACUAUAACACAACGCGCAUUGACAAAAUUACAUCAUGUAUUAAUUAAACCCAUAAUACUCUGUACCGUAUGUAGCCUACUAGAAUUAUUAGUGAAAAGCAAUACCUUAUUUCUAGUGUUCUUCCAAUGAAAAAUAAAUAGCUGUUCGUCAGUACUGACUCCUUAUUUUGUAAUACCUAAUAAAUCCUUUUAAAUAAUUU